UAAUAAAUACAAAUUUAGCAAAAAAAAUAAAUAAAUACUAAAUACACAAAAUUGGAAGGAACAUAAAGGUGUAUAUAUAGUAGACGAGCGGGGGAUUGGAAUUUGAAACUUCUGGAAGCGUCUCUGUAUUGCUCGUAGUCCCGGUGCAAUAUUUGGUUUGGCAGUGACUAGAAAAGAGCAAUAUAAUGAAUAUGGAUGGUGCAAGCGGCUCGGGAACAAAGACUAGUGAAGUUAGCACAGUUUGUGGGAACCGAGCUUUUGACUUCAUUACUCUUCCAGUUGAUAUUUUCACCAACAUAUUUUCGUUUUUGACGUUGAAAGAAGCUCUCUGUUUAUGCUUUUCAUGUAAGAAUCUAGAGCAUUUGUCGACCUCAAUAGCCAAUGUUGAAAUCGAAGAAACUGCAGAUGGUUGUCCCACUAAGAAGCAGGAAUUUGUAGAUUCUAUUUCAAGGUACUUGGCUAAGCAUGAUCGUCUGGUUCGGAAAUUUCAGCUUUCAUUCUGUCCUAAAGAAUACAAGAGUGAUGUUCUCCUCUGGCUCUCUUUGGUUGUGAAAGAUGGCAUUGAAGAGAUUGAUCUUAUGUUGUAUGAUGGAAAAUACAUGGAAAUCCCUGUAUCUUCUGUGAAUGCUGGAACUUUAAAAGUGUUGAGAUUAAGGCAUUGUAAAAUUGACCUAGCAUCUAUAGCUGGUUUCAGGUCCCUCAAAUCGCUUCUACUCGGAGCUAUGAACAUCUCCGAUGAUGAGAUGAGCACAAUUUGUUCCAAAUGUGAGUCUCUACAGUACUUGACCCUUGAAAAUUGCUUUGGUUUUGUGGAGAUUAAUACUGUAGAUCCAAGGUGCAAGCUUGAAUCAUUGACACUGGAUGGCCACUGCCUCAGUCUUUCCAGAUUGAUUAUACUGAGUUUGAAGACCCUAGUUGUUCGUCGAAGAAGCAUGAACUUCUCUUUAAUUGGGUGCCCACAUAUUGAUGAGCUGGUCUUAUCCCGAGUAGUGGCAGGCGGAAUCACCCAGCAGGAAUCUGAGAAUAUGAAAGCCAAUAUUAUAAAUAGACUUGUGAAUGUAAGGUCUUUGCAUCUAAAAGGCUGGGCUUAUGAGUGCGUUGCAAAUCAAUUGAUAGAAGAUCAGCAAUUCCCAAACCUAGAGGUUCUUGGACUGGAUAUCACUAUCGGCAAAGCAAAUAAGAACAAACUUGAGAAUCUGAUUCGACAAGCUGACGGACUGAAAACAUUGUCCAUAUCACUGAUAGUCAAAGGAAACUAUGCAGAAGAUUAUGCAAUUGAUACCCGUCCCAACUUUGAGACAUUUGUUGCAUCAAUUUUAAUGGAGAAAGAAGAUGUAAUCCGUAAAACAUUUGGCUUAGGCAACAAAGCUCUUGAGAAUAUUGACAUCAACUAUUUCACAGGUUCAUCGAAUGAAGUAAUUCUUAUCUACCACAUGUUGCUUCUCUUUCCGCAUCUAAGAGUCCUCAAAGUAACUCCAGUAACAAGAAUAGAUAAAGACCGAUGUUGUGUCUAUGCAAAGAUGUUCUCAAGGUUUCCUAGGAGUUCUAAAAAUGUGCGCAUGCAAGUGGGAUCUAAGAAAGUGGAGAUAACUGAAGGAGCCUGAUAUAGUAAGCGUUUUGUGUGUAUUCAAUCCUUGAGGCAUGAGAUGGUAGUACUUUCUAUUAUCACAAAAACUUGUGCAGAGAAAAUAUAUAUGGACAGAGAACCAUUCCGUAUAUUUUGAAUACAAAAGGAAACACCUAUCCACGUACUGCACGUGCGUGAAGAGCUGUAAGUCUAGGCUUUAGCUGACUGGUUUUUGGUGGUAUUCAAUUAAGGACAUAUGAAAUCCGUCCUAUAUACAUUUGCAAACCCUCUCUACUUGCUGUUUUUCAGUGGAAUUGUAUGUGGUCUUUGGUGAGUUCUACAAUGAACAUAUUGCAUGCAUUUCUUUAUGAGCAAUUCAGACGGUGAUUGUUGUUUGUCGGCCUGUAGAGAGGUAAAUCGGACUGGAGCGGACUUUUAGAAUUCCCGGAUUCCCUCUCUUUCCUCUCAUAUUUUUCUCUUUUGAAAUCUUUUUUCUUCCUUUUCGAGUCAAAG